AGGGGACUGAAGGAGCUCCCACUCUGGUCCUGGAGGGUGAGGGGAGGCUGAGAGACUGGAAGUGCCUGAGGGCCACUGGGAUGCUAGGCAUGGCCCCAGCCUCCCUCCUCAGCUAGCCUCCACAUUUGCUCCAUGGCCUUGCAGGGAGGUACCACUGUCACUGCUUCUGCUGCCACUGUCACCAAUUGGCUUCCCACAUGGAUUUCCCACCUGGCCUGGGGGAGCCAGAAGCCCUGGCCCCUUUUGCUGAGCCUACCCUGCUGCCUUCCUCGGCCUCUGUCAAUGCAACAGAAGAGCCAGGCCUCUUCUUUCCCGGACCGGAAGGCUCUGAGAGCACCAAUACUGCCACCACACUGACCUACUACCAUCGGGGACCGGCUGCUGAUGCCUACAGACACUCCCCAGUGUGCCAGGUGUACCCAAUUCUCAACUGGAUGGACGCAGGGCUUGGGGGAGCCCCAUAUGCAGCAGCAGGUUGGGCCUAUGGUAAGACAGGGCUGUACCCAGCCUCAGCCCUAGCCCCUGCUGUUCGAGAGGCCUCCCCGCAGCCAGCUCCGGAGGGCCCUGAGGUGAAAGGGAGCCCAAGGGGCUUCCUGGAGACCCUGAAGACAGAGCGGCUGAGCCCAGACCUGCUCACACUGGGGGUCCCAGCAGCUGUGGGGUCCUCCCACUAUGUGGCAGCAAGCCCCCCUGACUUCACUACUGCUACCUUCUUCUCACCUGCUGGAAGUCCCCUCUCAGUGGCAGGUGGAGGCAGUACCUACUCUCCGAAGCUCCGUGGGGCACUCCCCCUGUCUCCCUGUGAGGCCAGAGAAUGUGUGAACUGUGGAGCAACUGCUACCCCGCUGUGGCGUCGAGAUGGCACUGGGCACUACCUAUGCAAUGCUUGUGGCCUUUACCACAAGAUGAAUGGGCAGAAUCGGCCCCUCAUCAGACCCAAGAAGCGCUUGAUUGUCAGUAAGCGGGCAGGUACCCAGUGCACCAACUGCCAGACGACAACCACCACACUGUGGCGCCGCAAUGCCAGCGGGGAGCCCGUGUGUAAUGCCUGCGGGCUCUACUACAAGCUGCACAACGUGAACCGGCCACUAACCAUGCGCAAAGAUGGCAUCCAGACCCGGAACCGAAAGGUGUCAGGCAAGGCCAAGAAGAAGGCCCGGGUGGGCCCGGCCCUGGUGGCCGCUGGUCAGGGGACCACGGAGGCGGGGGCGGCGACCCCAACUGGCCCCGGAGACCUGGCCGCUGAACCGCUCUAUCCCACCCUCGGGCCCGUCGUGCUCUCGGGCCACAUGGCCUCAGUGGGGCAUCUGCUGCCCUUCCCCGGGGCCACCCCUCCCCUGAUUGGGGCCACUGGAGCCCCCUUUGCUGGAGCCGCGGGGAUGGUCUCAGCUCUGGGAUCUUGAAGCCUGCCUUGACCCCGCCCCUCCGGACGUCCUUCCUGGCAGCCACGCCCCUCUGCACCUCGCCCUCCCCUAUUGGCCACGCCCCUCCGGUCCUAGCGGGCCGAGGCUGGCCUCGCCCUUCUGGGCAGCCCGUCGGUCCUCUAGCCCUCCCAGAUAGAUCUCGCUUUUGGCCCUGUAGUUCGUAGCCUGAGGACAAUAAACCUGCUGCUGCGCCACCA